AUGGUCUUUAAGAGCUUCUCCCUCGCGCGUACGAGUCUUGCGAAAGGCUUCACCCACGGUUACGCCCAGUCUGUAGUCGCCGGUGUCUCCCAAAACAACCCUCUUGCCACACUCCAGCACGACAGGUUCCGCAAGGGCCACAAGCAGCAGUAUGCUUUCGCCUCGAACUCGACCACGAGCGCCAUAAAGGCGCUUGACAGCGCACGCGCACACGAGCACCAGGAUUCCGGACUCGCCGCCUACUACACAGCGUGGCAGAAGACGCAGAAGACCGAAGACAAGGAGUGGUCGCAGUACCAGUUCCGCAAGCUCAUCGAAUACGAUCCCAAGCAUGCGUCCAAGGAAGCAGAGGCGAAGGCCGCAGAGGCUGCGGCUGAGGAGGCAUCUGAGCCCAAUCCUGCCCGUGCUGGCGUCAACCGCGCAUACAGCACGAGCCAGGUAGAAGACUUCAAGAAGGCCGUGGGCGAUGAGCAGGCAGAGGAGAUUGCGCUUGCACAGGUCGAUGAGGCGAUCGCGCAAGAGGCGGCAAAGAUCAGGGCCGUGAACGAGGCCAUCAGGGAGGCGGAGACACGGCUAUCGCCCAUCCAGGAGAGGACAGUAACGCCCGCAAAUCUUUCGGACACGGCCAACUCGGCAAGCUUAAGCUACACCCCGCCGUCGUCGCUCCUCCCCAGCCCAUUCGAUGAGAUUGAGGAGUACACCGCACAUCUCGAGAAGCUCGCUGCGAACCGCAAGUAUGCUGAAAUCCCGGCUGUCUUCGAGUCUAUGCUCCUCGAUGGAGUCAAGCCAUCGACCACUGCCUACAACUACCUCCUUUCCGCUGCGAUCAACCUCCCGCGCGCAAAGCACCAGGUCGUUCCCAAGGCUCUUGAUGUCUACUCGGACAUGCUUCGCCGCCGUGUUGCUCCAGACACGGCGACCUACACAGCCCUCAUUGAGCUUCUUUCCGUACGAUCACUGGAAGUUGUGUCGAUGAGCCAGGUCUACGAAGAGAAGCGCCUCCGUUACGGCGGACUGGAGGAGGAGGGCAAGUUCAUGCUCCAGUCGAAUGAAACCGACUACGCUAUCCUCGCCGAAGACAGCUCCCUCGGCGUUGCGGUCAAGCUCUUCGACGCCGCCAUCAAGGUCGAGGCAGGCCAGAAGUUCUCCGAAAGGACGUACCGUCUGCUUGUCACGGCCUGUGCUGAGGGCGAACGCGUCGAGGACAUGGUCCGAAUCUACUCGCACAUGGAGUCGCGUAAAGUGACGCCAGCUGGCGACAUGUUCGUUCCUAUGAUUCACGCUUUCGGCAAGUCUGGUGAUCUGAGAAGUGCUGUCGAGUGCUUUGAUGAGUACAAGGCUCUUGCCAUGGCCAACGACAACGGCAGCGUCCAGCUCGUCCGAAAGGACAAGGAUGUGUACGCCGCCUUGAUCAAGGCCUACGCCACUUGUGACCGUAUGGAGGGUGGCCAGAAAUUUUUGAGAAAGGUUGAGGCCGCACUCAUCGAAGCUGAGGACAUUACAUCUCUUCGCGACAUUGUCGGUCUGAAGGCUCUUCUCCCCGUUUGGCUGAACAGCGGCUCGUUCAAACAGGCUUACGUCCAUGCCACCGAGUCUCUAAGCCCUCAGGCACAGCACAUCGCGAUGGCUGCUAUCUGCAUCAAAGCAGCUGACCGCAAUGUCAUGGACAUUGCUACUGAGGCCUUCGAUGCUCUUCCUGCAGAGGCUGAUCUUGCCCGACCAGCGAUGGCCAUGGGCGCUAUGCACACCCGCAAUGGAAACAUUGAGGCUGCUGAGAUCUUCUGGAGAAUGCUCGAGCUCUCGCCUACCAAGCCCGACUUCAUUGAGCCCACUGCUAUGCACAGCGUUGCUCUCAUUGGAAGCGGUCAGGCUGAGCGCGGUCUUCGCCAGGGUCGUCAGAUGUUUGAUCGCAUCCGCGACACUCAGUCAGGGUCUCAGGCGAAGAUGGAGAUCGUCGAGCAUAUCGACGAGGCUAUUGAGGUUAUGGGUCAGUUCAUGAUGAAGCGUGGCAUCUUCCUUCCGCCGCGGGCCAGCAUGGAGCUGAUGUGGACGAUGAUUGAGAACGGUGGCCUAGUCACCCCAGUUGCUCACCAUUUACUAUCUGGAAUGGGACCUGAGGCUAUCGCUCAACUCAACUUCGACGACGUCACGCUCCUGAUGCAGGUCCAGUCUGGAAUCAUCCUCCAGAGUGCGGAAGUCGACGCUGCCCAUGCUGCGCGGUUCGCCCAUCUUCUCGAGGUCAUCACCUCCGUUGGCUCGCCUGUCAACAAGACUACGUCAGGUCUUGUCGAGAAGGUGCUCGCUGCUCUUGACCGGGGUGACCUCCAGCACCGAUGGUACAGCUACAAGCACCCAGCACCCGAGUCGAUGUACUCGCCUGCUCCGUUUGCGGCUUACCCUGCACCUGGACCAGGUGCACCUGGAGUGCCCGCUUUUGAGGACCAAUACGACCCGUAUGCUGCGUCUACCGACAACAAGGGCUCGGUCGUCAUCGCCGAGCUGCUCGAGAAGACACAUGGUCGCACCGCGUCUCACCUGAACGAGGCUUUGAUGAAGUUCAAGAACAUGCGCCGAGCUGGUCGCCACCCCAGGUUCUUCACAUACGCUAAGCUCAUCACCGCUGCUGCCAAGGAGGACCGCCUCAGCCUGGCUCACGACAUUCUCAAUCUCGCGAAGCAGGAUAUUCCCCUUCUUCCUCAGUACCGCAUCGUGCGCUACGGCUGGGUUACUAUCCUUGACGCUAUGGUUGCUGCUUGCCUUACUUGCGGACAGCGCGACCUCGCUGCCCGUUACCACCAGGACCUGCUGGACAUGGGUGCUGCGCCCACUGCCAACACCUUCGGCCUUUACAUCACUACGCUUAAGGAGUCUACCAAGACCUUCGAUGAGGCCACCGAGGCUGUCAAGAUCUUCCUCCGUGCUAAGUCUGAGGGUGUCGAGCCAUCCUCAUUCUUGUACAAUGCCCUGAUCGGUAAGCUCGGGAAGGCCCGCCGCAUCGACGACUGUCUCUUCUACUUCUCCGAGAUGCGCAGCCUCGGUAUCCGCCCGACCUCCGUCACAUAUGGCACCAUCGUCAACGCUCUCUGCCGCGUCAGUGACGAGAAGUUUGCCGAGGAGCUAUUCGAAGAGAUGGAGAGCAUGCCCAACUACAAGCCGCGCCCUGCUCCCUACCACAGCAUGAUGCAGUUCUUCCUCACCACCAAGCGCGACCGCAGCAAGGUCCUCGGCUACUACGAGCGCAUGCGCUCCAAGCGCAUCGAGCCGACGACACAUACCUACAAGCUCCUCAUCGACACGUACGCCACCCUGGAGCCAGUCGACAUGGAAGCCGCCGAGCGCGUGCUCGAGCAGGUCCGCACCGCCGGCGCCGUGCCCGAGGCCGUUCACUACUCCUCCUUGAUCCACGCCAAAGGCUGCGUUGCACACGACAUGGACGGCGCACGCCAGCUUUUCGAGACCGUCCUCGCUGAUGCCCGCAUCCGCCCACAAGCAUGUCUCUACCAAGCACUCUUCGAGUCCAUGGUCGCGAACCACCAGAUCGAAGCCACCGACGCCGUGCUCGCAAACAUGCACGCGCGCCGCGUCGAGAUGACUCCGUACAUCGCCAACUCGCUCAUCCACGGUUGGGCGCUGGCCCAGAACAUCGACAAGGCCAAGGCAAUUUACGAGUCUGUGCCCGAGGCCAGGCGUGAGCCGAGCACCUACGAGGCGAUGACGCGUGCGUACAUGGCUGUUGAGGACCGAGCGAGUGCCAUGCAGGUCGUAAACGAGGGUCUUUCUCGCGGCUACCCUGCUGCCGUCGCAGGGAAGAUUCUGGAGCUUGUCGGUGGUGGCAGGCAGCCUGCUGAGAUGGCUGCGUAA